GCUCCUUAUGCAUGCCUCCUGCUCCUUCAGGGCCAGCUUCCUUCUUUCUUAAACUCCUACAUUAUUCCUCACCCCCUAUCGCCUCUUCUCCCCCUCCAUUUCGUCCUCGACAACUAGCACUGAACUACAGGAUUUAGUGCGUGCGAUCGUUAUUUAUACCGGUUGUCCCUCCCUCCGCCUGUACAUUCCAGGCUGUCGCUCUUUGGGUAUUACUCUGCUAUUAAGUGCAGUGUCCCAUUCGUUGUCUAUUAUUUUCUGUGUUGCCCUCGUGUCACUCUCUCACCGGGGCCAUGCAUUUCUCCUCACUUUCUUUGUCACUGACGGCGUUGGCCCUCGCCAGCUCUGGGGCGGCCUUCCCUCAAGCCCGAUUUGUCCAGCCUGUUCUGCGCACCGAAAGCGACACCCAAUCGCGCGCCGAUGCUGUCAAAGAGGCUUUCUCUCACGCUUGGGAUGGCUACUACCAAUAUGCCUUCCCGCACGAUGAGCUGCACCCGAUUUCCAAUGGCUAUGGUGAUUCGCGCAAUGGGUGGGGAGCGUCCGCUGUGGAUGCUCUGUCUACCGCAGUGAUCAUGCGCAAUGCGACCAUUGUGGACCAAAUCCUCGAUCAUGUGGCGAAAAUCGACUAUUCGAACACGAGCAGCACGGUCAGUCUGUUCGAGACCACCAUCCGUUAUCUAGGCGGCAUGUUGUCCGGCUAUGACCUGUUGAAGGGGCCUGCCGCCGAUCUGGUGCGCGAUUCGUCCAAGGUCGACACGUUGCUCACCCAGUCCAAGGCGCUGGGUGACGUUCUCAAGUUUGCCUUUGACACCCCGUCGGGCGUUCCGUACAACAACAUCAACAUCACUUCUAAAGGGAACGACGGAGCGACCACAAAUGGUCUUGCAGUGACUGGCACGCUCGUGCUAGAAUGGACUCGGCUGUCCGACUUGAUUGGAGAUUCUACCUACGCGGACCUCAGUCAAAAGGCCGAGUCUUACCUGCUCGACCCGCAGCCCAAAUCGAGCGAGCCGUUCCCCGGGUUGGUCGGGAGCAACAUCAACAUCGCAACGGGCGAAUUUGCCGACGGAGCCGUGAGCUGGAACGGCGGGGAUGAUUCGUACUACGAGUAUCUGAUCAAAAUGUACGUGUAUGACCCGAACCGGUUUCAGACCUACAAAGACCGGUGGGUGGCGGCGGCCGAGUCGACCAUGCAGCACCUGGCGUCGCACCCGUCGACUCGCCCGGACCUGACCUUCCUGGCCUCGUACAACAAUGGCAAGUUGGGGUUGAGCUCGCAGCAUCUGACUUGCUUCGAUGGGGGGAGCUUCCUACUCGGCGGCACUGUGCUGGACCGCUCCGACUUUAUCGACUUUGGGUUGGAGCUGGUCAACGGCUGCCACGACACGUACAAUUCGACCCUAACGGGCAUCGGGCCGGAAGCGUUUAGCUGGGAUCCGAAUUCUGUUCCUGCCAGCCAACAGUCUUUGUUUGAGAGUGCUGGCUUCUAUAUUACCAGUGGCGCGUAUAUCCUCCGACCGGAAGUGAUUGAGAGUUUCUACUACGCAUGGCGCGUGACCGGUCAAGAGACAUAUCGUGAGUGGAUCUGGAGUGCCUUCCAGUCGAUCAACAAGUACUGCCGUACGGACUCGGGAUUCGCCGGGUUGACGAAUGUCAACGCUGCCAACGGCGGGAACCGCUACGACAACCAGGAGAGUUUCAUGUUCGCGGAGGUGUUGAAGUACUCGUACCUGACGUUUGCGCCGGAGGAAGCGUGGCAGGUGCAGAAGGGGGGUGGUAACGAGUUUGUGCUGAACACUGAGGCUCACCCGGUGCGGGUGAACCGGACGUAGGUCGGAUCUUCUGUGUAGACGAGAGAGAUAGAAUAGACACGGAAG